AUGCCGUCUGUCUGGGCAGGUGCUGCACAUUGGACGUUCAGUCCGAGCGGCUGCUUUCAGCAUCUCGACGGCUCGGUCGGGUUCAACAGCAAUGGCGAUUCCAUGCCGGCCGCCUCCUCUGCCCCGGUGUGCCACCGCCUGGACUGCGGGGCAGAGCUGUGGCUCUCGGGCGGCGAGCUGCCUGAUGCCGAGCAGGCGGGCCUGUACAUCAAGACCGCCCUCGCCCGCGGCGAGCGCCCGAUCUACCAGUCCGAGUCCGGCCGCUUCUUCAUCUACUACUGGCGGGAGCUCGCCGCGUGGCGGCUCGGCGAGAGCCCCUCCGCCUCGUGGGCGGCGCUGGCGUCGAGGGACGGCGACGCGCCGUACUGCCCAGACUUUGUGGCGUCGUG